AUGGCUGGCUCUCAGGCAACCCCUUCCGCCCCUCUUCCUGCGGCUCUUGAGCCCCAGGCGACCCCCGCGACACCGACCCCCCCGCCGGCGGAUCCCUUCGCAACCAUGCAACUCACCUUCUGCCCCGCGCUCGGACAGACUACCGCCGUCAAAGUCGCUGUGGUGUCUAAGGACGGCUGUGCAGGACAGACGCCGACUCUCGUUUUCAGAGCUGCGUUCGACUCCCCCAAGUCCCGCCAACAAGCCAAGGCCGACGGAACCCGGGUUGAGCUCUGGUCCGACAUUCCCUUUGAGGGCCGCGCGCGUGGAGAGUGGGGCGCAAUCGCCUUCGGACCAUGGGCUAGGCCGGAGGGGAGCGAGGUGGGGACACUCUCGGCAACCUCUCGCUCUGGACAGAGGACGCCCUCCGCGAAGCCAACAGCGAAGAAGACUCCGUCUAUCUCCGCAUACAGCUGCCGCUUCAAGAGUGGGUCGCCGUCAGGCCGGGUCCAUUGGCUUGGGGAGUUCGGAGGAAACGGGGUUGUGGUCUUUGAACGCGGCCUGUCUGGAGUGACCUUCGGCGAGGGAUGGCAACAAUCGGAUGCCGACAUUCACCAUGUGGAAACCGUAGGAGAGCGUGUAGUCGCUCAGCUGAACACGCCGACAGACUGGACGCGCUGGACCUGGACAUCGAACAAGUUUCCCGCACAGACUAUGAACACCGAAACUAGUGUCGGUAGCGCGGUGGUGCUUUCGCCGAAGUCGUACAAGCGCGGCGUGAGCGUCCCAGAACCUUUGGUCAUUGCUGCGAGCUGCCCCGCGUCCGUGUCCAUCUCACCCGAUGGAACCAUAUCCGUGGAUGCGGCUGGGUCGCUCUCCUUUUCAUCGUUGAAGAAUGCGGCGGGGGUCCUACUCGACCUUGCAGCUCGUCGUCGCGGAGUGUUUUUCGUGCGCGACGAGGUUGCCAUCUUCGCAAGUCCUAUGGCAGCCGACUCUCCGCCUUUCCACGUCCUGGUGAUGCCUCUCGCGGAAGUGACAGGGCCUUGUGCUGUACCCUUCGCUUGGCUGCAGCCGCUAAUAUCGCAACCUCCGGAGGCUGAAGUGCUCGCACUAUACUCUCCUGCGCAGCACCAGGCCAGGGUUGUCCGUACAUCAUCUGAAGGCCGGGGCUCGGUUCUCGUCGACGGCUCCGGAGGCGAACUCUUAGCGUCUCCUGUCCUAAUCGUGCAGAACAGGAACACGAUGUGUUAUCUCGCCCCGCUCAGCGCAUACAAGCGCAUCAACGCCAUGGUUGAAGACCGCGCCAACCACCCACUGCCCACACCGCCUCCCUCGCCACCGACCAGGUCAUCGCCAGCGAUGCUUGCGUCGGAGCUGCCACCUACACCUUCCAAGGUCCAUUCGCCGACACCCACGCCGUUUGUGCCCUCCCGACCACAGCUCACUUCCGAACGUCGUUUUUCGCACCGCCGGCGGCCAUCUCUGUCGCUCAUCCGCGCGCUUCCCGGGCGCAUCAUACGCUCAUAUAUCCACACCAUUUUCAAUGUCGUCGCCUGGUUCUGGAGCUGCUUCUUCAAGGCCAUCACCAUGCGUCUUAUCGGCGAAGGCAUUCCACGCCGGAUCUCUGGCGUCCUCGGAUUUCUACUGGUGCAAACUGCGAGCUCCAGGUCGCGGGACUCCACUGGGAUACCCGAGAGCGAUCCUUCGCAAGCACGAGGCGAGCCGAAGCCCGAAGCCCGCAAGAAGGUUGUUGAAAGUUCAGGAGAAACCCGGGGCGCGCCUGUUGCAUCAACAGAACCCAUUACCGCACCACAGCUCACUCAUACCUCGUCGUUCGCUCCUCCCAAGCAUGAAGAGUCCCAUUCACGGGUCACGGUAACAGCCGAGGUCGCUGCUGACGUGUCCACGUCGGCGAUGUUCUUGUGGCAGGGUGCCAUCACGACAAAACUCGGCGCGACGCUCGACGGCACGCCCUUACCAACGCCGGAGAUUGUAUCUGCGGGAGACGACACUUACCUUGUCACGAUAUCCGAUGCCACGGCCAGUGGUCUCCUCGAGGUCUCCUUCGUGUUGUAA